AUGGCCUCCACCCGCCGCCUCCUCAUCGCCACCGCAGCCGCUGUGGCUGUGCUGCUUGUUUUUUAUGCCUCGCCGGCGGAGGCCAGCCAGCUGAACAUGUACGAAGGCCUCGGGUGCACCGGGCGAUGGACGGCAUGCUUUGAUCGCGCGUGCUGCAACGUCACCUACACCGGAAGCUACCGCUUCUACUACAACGACGGCUGGCCCGCCUACCUCUACAGGGGUAACCGUGGAUGCAGUGGAAACCCCGACGCCGUUCUCAGGAGCAGCGUGGAAUGCACAAACGGCUUCCCUUACCAGAGCAUCAGGCAAACUGACACUGCUCCUUAA